CUCAUUUCUCAAGAUGACUACCACUACCCCUACUCUUGCGCAAGUUCUCGUCCCUGAGACUCUCUUGAAGAAGAGAAAGACCCAGGAAAAGGCCGCUGCUGAGAAGCGUACCGCCGAUGCCGCUGCCCGCAAGGCCCGCAAGGCUCAGCGCAAGGUUAUUUUCAAGCGCGCUGAUCAGUAUGUCCGUGAGUACCGCGCCAAGGAGCGCGACGAGAUCCGUCUUCGUCGCCAGGCCAAGGCCAGUGGCAGCUUCUACGUUCCUGCCCAGCCCAAGCUUGCCUUCGUCAUCCGCAUUAAGGGUAUCAACCAGAUUGCCCCCAAGCCCCGCAAGGUCCUCCAGUUGUUGCGUCUUCUCCAGAUCAACAAUGGUGUCUUUGUCCGCUUGACCAAGGCCACCACCCAGAUGCUUCAGUUGGUCAACCCCUAUGUUGCCUAUGGUGAGCCCAACCUCAAGUCGGUUCGCGAGCUCAUUUACAAGCGUGGAUACGGUAAGGUCAACAAGCAGCGUAUCCCCUUGACCGAUAACUCGAUCAUCGAGAAGGAGCUCGGUAAAUACGGUAUUGUCUGCAUGGAGGAUCUUAUUCACGAGAUCUACACUGUUGGCCCUCACUUCAAGCAGGCCUCCAACUUCUUGUGGCCUUUCAAGCUCUCCAACGCCACUGGAGGCUUCUCUGCCAAGAAGGUCCUUCACUUCAUCGAGGGUGGUGACUCUGGUGACCGUGAGACCAAGAUCAACAACUUGAUCCGCAAGAUGAACUAAGAUUGCUUUGCAUCCCAUUCUUGUGUAGUGUGUACCUUGUUAAAGCAUUGUAAUAAAAAAUAAAAAAAUAAAAAAAAAAUACUCGCUUUUACUAGCUGUGUUGAUUUACA